AUGACAGCCUCUACGGAAGUCAAUGGCCUCUCCAGCCACAACGGCUCUAGCCAGGGAGCAAGUACCUCUACCGCCCCUCUGGCACCAGGUCUGUACGUGCCUACAGUGGCAUUCUUCACACCCGAAGACAGCAUCGACGAAGAGACAACAACAGCACAUGCCAAGCGCUUGAUUGAAGCCGGUGUCACCGGCAUCGUGACCCACGGUUCCAACGGCGAGGCUGUCCACCUUGACCACGCCGAACGGCAACUCGUCACUCGCAUUACUCGAUCCACCAUGGAUGCCGCUGGCAAACGCGACAUGCCCCUUAUCGUUGGAUGUGGGAGCCAAUCAACACGGGAGACAAUACAGCUGUGCCAUGAGGCGGCCGAGUCUGGAGGCACACACGCCCUCGUGCUGCCGCCAGCGUAUUACGGCAGCCUGCUGUCCACGGAUCUCAUCAUGCUUCACUUCCGGAGCGUGGCUGAUGCAAGCCCAAUCCCCCUACUCAUAUACAACUUCCCCGGCGCGUGCAGCGGACUGGAUCUCAGCUCGGACACCAUCCUGGCCUUGGCCGAGCACCCGAAUAUCGUCGGCGUCAAGCUGACCUGCGGCAACACGGGCAAGCUGGCUCGUGUUGUCGCCGGCACACGUGGGACAGCAUUCAGGACCUUUGGCGGUAGCGCCGACUUUGCCAUCCAGACCCUGGCCGUGGGCGGGCACGGCGUCAUCGCGGGACUGGCCAAUGUAGCGCCCAAGGCAUGCGCCGAGGUCAUGCGGCUGUGGACUCUGGGCAAGACGAAGGAGGCGACGCUGCUGCAGGGGAUCGUUGCCGGCGGCGACUGGACCGCCAUCAAGGGCGGCUUCGUCUCGGUCAAGGCGGCGCUGCAGAGGUACUACGGCUACGGCGGCGAGCCUCGCAAGCCUUGUGCCUUCCUCGAGGGCAAGGCCUUGGAGGCGCAGAUGCUGGGCUUUUCCGAGCUGGUCGAGACGGAGAAGAAGUUCGACGCCCUGGCCUCCUAG